AGCAGACCUGCUGUCUGCUUUGCAUGCGGGAUGGCCCUGAGGAAAGGAGGCCUGGCCCUGGCGGUGCUGCUGGUCUCCUGGGCAGUGCUGGGCCCCUGUAGCACGGAGGGAGUGGAGCCUGGAGUGCCAGGGCACACCGAGGGCCUGCAGUGCCCAGCCAUCUGCACCUGCGGCCACGAUGACUACAUGGACGAGCUCAGCGUCUUCUGCAGUUCCCGGAACCUCACACAGCUGCCCGAUGGCAUCCCGGACAGCAUCAGGGCCCUGUGGCUGGAUGGCAAUAACUUCUCCUCCAUCCCCGAGGCAGCCUUCCGGAACUUCUCCAGUCUGGGCUUCCUCAACCUGCAGGGCAGUGGACUGGCCAGCCUGGAACCGAGGGCGCUGCUGGGCCUACCGAACCUGUACCACCUGCACCUGGAGCGGAACCAGUUGCGCGGUCUCGUGGCUCACACCUUCGUACACACACCGGGUCUCGCCUCACUUGGCCUCAACAACAACCUCCUCAGCAGGGUGGACGAGGGACUCUUCCAUGGCCUGGCCAACCUCUGGGACCUCAACCUUGGCUGGAACAGCCUGGCCGUGCUCCCUGACACAGUGUUCCAGGGCCUGGCCAACCUACGUGAGCUGGUGCUUGCAGGCAACAAGCUAACCUACCUGCAGCCCCCCCUCUUCCAUGGCCUCAGCGAGCUCCGGGAGCUGGACCUGAGCAGGAAUGCUUUGCGAAGCAUCAAGGCCAACGUCUUUGUCAAGUUGCCCAAGCUCCAGAAGCUCUACCUGGACCACAACCUUAUCGCCACUGUGGCCCCAGGUGCUUUCCUGGGCCUGAAAGCACUGCGUUGGCUGGAUCUGUCACACAACCGUGUGGGUGGCCUCCUGGAAGACACCUUCCCAGGCCUGCUGGGCCUGCAUGUCCUGCGCCUCUCACAUAACGCCAUCACCAGCCUGCGACCCCGGACCUUCAAGGACCUGCACUUCCUGGAGGAGCUGCGGCUGGGCCACAACCGCCUCCGGCAGCUGCCAGACAAGGCCUUUGAGGGCCUAGGCCAGCUGGAGGUGCUCACACUCAAUGACAACCAGAUCCAGGAGGUCAGGGCGGGAGCCUUUCUCGGCCUCUUGAAUGUGGCUGUCAUGAACCUCUCUGGCAACUGUCUGCAGAACCUUCCAGUGCGAGUGUUUCAGGGCCUGGCCAAGCUGCAUAGCCUGCACCUGGAGGGCAGCUGCCUGGGCCGCAUCCGCCAGCACACCUUCACUGGCCUCUCCAAGCUGCGCCGGCUCUUUCUCAAGGACAACAGCAUCACGGCCAUCGAGGAACAGAGCCUAUGGGGACUCCCGGAGCUCCUGGAGCUGGACCUCACUGCCAACCAGCUCACCCAGCUGCCCAGCCAGCUCUUCCAGGGUCUUGGCAAGCUGGAGUACUUGCUCCUGUCCCACAACCAGCUGUCAGCACUGUCAGCGGAAGUCCUGGGGCCCCUGCAGCGCACCUUCUGGCUGGACAUCUCACACAACCACCUGGAGGCCCUGCCCGAGAGCAUCCUUUCACCGCUGGGGCGGCUCCGCUACCUCAGCCUCAGGAACAAUUCGUUGCGGACCUUUGUGCCACAGCCGUCUGGCCUGGAGCGCCUGUGGCUAGAGGGCAACCCCUGGCACUGUGGCUGCCCCCUCCGGGCCCUGAGGGCCUUUGCCCUACAGCACCCCACUGUCGUGCCCCGCUUUGUUCAAGCCGUCCCAGAAGGGUACGACUGCCAGCCCCCCAUGUAUACCUACAACAACAUCACCUGUGCCAGCCCCCCCAGCAUCUCGGGACUCGACCUGCGGGACGUUAGUGAGGACCACUUUGCUCACUGCUGA